GCUACAUUCUCUAUCAAAUUAAUCAUUAACAUCAUACAUAUGUUUCCCGUCGCUAGAGCAUUAGACCAAUCUUCGCUCAAGCCACCUUGUCUAUUAAACCUUUACCUGAUAAAAGCUAAGGAAUUAAUACUCGUUAGUCGAAUGUAUUGCAUAUACUACGUGCUGCGUCUAUUAGAACCCGGGUAGCAGCCGCUGCCAAUCGACGGGUAGAUCCGAAGAAGCUCCACGUCUAAAGUCUACAAUCUACAGUCUAUAGCCUACAGGCUGCGAGUUUAUUUGAGGCAUGUGAAUCCUGGUCACUUAGGAAAGUCUAAUUCCUGCUUUCAUCAACUUUCCUAGUUCUCGAAUGACCAUUGGCUUGGUCAUGUUAAAUACCUUACUAUUAUGGACACUCGUAUACCUCAACCGCGACAUGUCGUGAUCAUAGGUGGUGGCGUUAUUGGCACGACGACGGCCUACUAUCUAACCCGACAUCCUUCCUACAUCCCUUCGAUUCAUCACAUUACUCUUCUCGAGGCUACAUCAAUAGCAUCUGCUGCAUCUGGGAAGGCUGGAGGUCUCCUUGGUCUUUGGGCUUACCCAACAUGUCUAGUCCCACUUUCCUAUCGCCUUCAUGCCGAGCUCGCAGCCGAACACGGUGGGAUCGACAGAUGGGGAUAUAGGCGACUCGGAUGCGGACAACUCACGGCGAGGGUGGGGAACAAGAAGCCUCCUAACGGCUCCACUAAGACGAGGAAAAGGACUAGUCGCGGCGUCAUCAAGGAGCAAGACGGACAAGACGGACAAGACGGCCCUAUAGCGGAUGCCCAGGUAGAAUGGCAAAAGUUACCUAAACAGGACGAGAAGGCAACCUCUUUACUCCACGAUUCCAUUCUACCUAAAGAUCUCGACUGGAUUAAUGCUAGUUUGGUGCACGAAUACGCCCAAAUGGGACUGCCGGGUUUCACCGAGACGGCUCAAGUGCACCCUUACCAAUUCACGACUUCGAUGGCAGCUUUGGCGCGUGAGUAUGGGGCUGAAAUACGCGUUAAUAGUAUGGUUACGAGCAUCGGUCUGAAUAAGUCCGAGAUGGCUGUCUCGAGUGUUGAAUACCUAGAUCGUGUUACGGGCGAGACGCGGAUAUUGGAAGGUGUGACAGAUGUUAUAGUGGCCGCGGGUCCGUGGACGGGGCGGCUUUGGCCAAAGACCAAAGUAGAGGGUCUAAGGGCGCAUAGCGUCGUGUUCGCGGCGGACGUAAGCCCGUACGCUGUCUUCACCGAUAUCUCGCUGCCGAACGACUGGGUACCGGCGCACAGAGCGGCGCGGGGUGAGAAGCGGAAGCACAAGGGUAACGUAGACCCCGAGAUCUACGCGCGACCGGGCGGAGAAGUAUACGCAUGCGGCGAGCCGGACUCGAUAAUACCGUUGCCGGCAACCGCCGACCAGGUUGAAUGCGACGAAUCGCAGUGUGAUGAUCUUAUCUCGUAUGUUGGUACCGUGAGCCCCUUGCUAGGUUCUGCGUCUAUCGCUGCAAAACAAGCCUGCUACCUACCGCGGCAUAUGCGCUUUGGCAAGGAGAGCGCGCCGCUUAUCGGUGGUACCUCGGUCCACCGGCUAUGGAUAGCGUCGGGUCAUACCUGCUGGGGAAUUCAGAACGGUCCGGCAACAGGCAAGCUCAUGAGCGAGUUUAUCUUUGAUGGAGAGGCUAGGAGUGCUGAUAUUGCAGAGCUGGAUCCGAGGAAAUUCAAGGUGUGAUAGGACGGCGCGGGAUAUGGAGGAAAGAGGAAAAUAUCAAUAGGACAACUUGAAAAGAAACACGUGGGACGACUAUGACGACAAGACGCGUGGGAUGAUGGCAUUGUGGUUGAGGGGGAGGGGUUUGUGUUUCCCUCGUCCCUGGGCUCGUGCGUGGAAGUAGGUGUGUGGAUGUGUGUAAGGACCGGCACGAAGCGAGAGACUACCUAAACGGAGGGAUAACAUUCGUACAUAUCCCGCAUGAUACGUUGAAUCUACCUACGUACACACCAUAUCUUCGGGAGAGGCUGAACAACUUUAAGACGUACAUCAUGCUUAGCUUAUCUCGCUUGCAUGUGUGGGGUUUGGAGGAGGGGAGAGGGGGAGAGGGGGAGAGGGGGGAAAAGUAUGUGGCUCCCGACCUAGGACCUGGA